UGCUGCAAACCCCGUAACCAAGCAUGCAACAAAGGACGACCGCGCCAGCUGGUCCACCGGCCUCUGCAUCUUCCGGAAAGCAAGUGGUUGAGCUCAACGGGUACGUUAUCAUUCUGGUCGAGAGUCGCGAUGGCAAAAUCAAACUCUACGGUAGUCCGGCCGACAAGGACAAUCUGGAGGUUGCGGACGAGAUACUGGACGUUAACGAACGCAAACUGGAAGACUCGCCCCGAGCGGAAGUUAUUAAGCACAUACACGAGUGUAUCCAGUCGUGCAUGAUAAAGUUGCGUGUCAAACGGCGAAGCGACUCUCGUCUAGCCGGCGAGCUUGGCAAUGCGGUGCAGGAUGCGUUCGUCAUUGCGGUCGAGCAGCAGGCCCGGGAGCGGCUCCAGCGACUGUCCGCCCUCAAGCGCAUCACACCGGUCGACAUGUCACAGCUUUCGAUCAAACUCAACCAACAAAGCCAGGCCAAGGGUGGUGCCACGCAAGAUUUGAGCUUCCUGAAGGAGGUGUCCCCAAUCUACGUGACGUCACUCUCGGGGAACAGUGUUACGGGUACGAACACCAGCACGACGGUGACGGCCGGCGUGAAGCCGACCACCUUUACCGCUGGCAACAAUAACAGCAUCACCAACAACAACACCAGCACCCUUGGGGGCCAACAGACUGCAAUCAACAACCUGAACAACAACAUCAACAGCAGCACGGCCGCCUGUCUUACGGCCGGGGCAGCCGUAAGCGUCGGCGGCAGUGUUGCCGGCACCAGCAGCAACAUUGUCGUGCGGCAGCAACCUCAACCGGGACCUUCCUCCAGCGGCGGCAUCAGCGUCGUCUCCUCCGGCGGUGGCUACGCUAACAUUCGCCAACUGCCUGGCGGCCUGGCCGUGAUCCCAGCGGGAUUGAAGGGGACGCAGGUGGCUGACCAAGUGGCCACCGGUAGCACUAACAACAAUAACACACUAGCUCUUAGCACCGCCGCGACCGCGACGCAUCACCUCCAUCACAGUCUUGUAAAUAACAAUAACCUCACCAGCAGCAGGCCGCAGGGGUUCGAUACUAGCGCCAACAGUUACUAUAGCAAUCUAACUAACACCUUCCUAUCGAAUGGUCAUGGUUCCAAGAGAGAGCUUGCAACACUGUCCGAGGGUGAACUCGAACCACCGGACGAGCCGCAGUACGAGUCGAGCGGAAACAUAUCGCGCGGUGGCACCGAGGUUCUGCUGGGCGAUCAGCAUCUGCGCCAGGAAAAUCGGCCCCGCAGACGCAGCGGCUCCAGCAUCGUGGUGCUGGGCGGUGAUGACACACUGAAGCCCUCGAUACCGAUUGAUGACUAUCAGGAAGAUUUGGAAAUGUACAAUAUGUUAGCGGCGAAUCAGGACAAUGGACCACACCGGGAAAUGGCUGUCGAUGUACCUGAAUCGUUCAUAGCCAGAAACAAAACGCCUCCUCGCUAUCCACCGCCACGGAGCACGGCGUCCGGAGUGCCACCGCCGGCAACGCCGGCAGCGGCACCGGCCUCGACGACGCAGGUAAAUCUCGUAUCCAACGCAAUGCCCCAGCUGAACGGGUCAUCGAAACCGGUGCCGCCACCACGCGAUCAUCUGCGGAUAGAGAAGGACGGUCGGCUCACCAAUCGGGCACCAGUACCCGCUCCACAAGUGCCAGAUCGUAAGGCUGUGCCGAUCGGAUCACAGCAGCCCCAGCACAUCGGUCAGGUCCUGGAGCCGACCCCGGAUCAGCUGGAUAGCAUUAAGAAGUUCCAGGAACAACUUCGGCGCAGGCGGGAGGACGAAGAAAGAAUAGCGGCUCAGAAUGAAUUCCUACGCAACAGCUUACGCGGAUCGCAGCGGCUGCGCGCGCUCCAAGAUAAUCCCAUCGAGAAGCCCCCCGUCGGGGUGGACAACGAGGCGUACGCCGACGAUGAGGUGGUGGUGCAGGAGAAAAUUAUUGGUUACAGUGAACUGGUGGCGGCUCUCCAGCGGCUGCAGGGUCACCUCAACAAGCACGGGUUGGCAUCACUCGCCGGUCGGGUGACGGCCGCCCAGAGCUUGCUGCUGGGGCCCGGCAUAGCCCGCGCCCUAGCCAUCCGGUCGGCGGUCCUGGAACGGCGGCGACCGAAGGUCCAGAAUCCAAUUUGCUCAAAUGCUCAAGCCCUGGCCAAGGAUUGCGUUGAAUCGCUGGCGCAAUCCGGUUCACCGGCCGCAAUAGAACUGUGUGAUCUGCUGUCCACGUACGAAAUGGAAGGGCUGCUGCUCGCUCACGAUCGGAUCGCCACGACCACCGAUCGGUCGCCGGUCGUCUCGUACGGUGGUAGCCCGAUCAACGCCACGCUGCCAUCUCUAAGCAACAACAACAACAUCAACAAUAACACCUUGACCAGCAGCGCGGUCAAACCGGCCACGGUCAUGCCAUCAAUUCCAAAUAACACUAGUUUAGUGAACAAUAACAAUAACAAUAUCGCUAAGAGAGAACCGAUGAGUGUGCCGCUCGGUGUGCUGCGCGACGGCAGCCAGGAUCACAUCAAAAUCAUCCAGAUCGAAAAGUCGUCGGAACCGCUCGGGGCCACCAUCCGCAACGAGGGCGAAGCGGUCGUGAUUGGGCGCGUGGUGCGCGGUGGAGCGGCCGAAAAGUCGGGCCUGCUGCACGAGGGUGACGAAAUACUCGAGGUGAACGGUAUCGAGAUGCGAGGCAAAUCGGUGAACGACGUGUGCGCCCUGCUCGGCUCGAUGACGGGCACCCUGACGUUCCUGGUGGUCCCGGCCGGCAUCCCGCAGAUCAUGCCGGGCAUGGGAAUGCGCGAUCCGCCCGUGCUGCACGUGCGCGCCCACUUCGACUACGAUCCCGAGGACGACCUGUACAUACCGUGCCGGGAGCUGGGCAUCAGCUUCCAGAAGGGCGACGUGCUGCACGUGAUUUCGCGGGACGACCCCAACUGGUGGCAGGCGUACCGGGAGGGCGAAGAAGACCAAACGCUGGCGGGGCUGAUACCGAGCCAAUCGUUUCAGCAUCAGCGCGAAUCGAUGAAACUGGCCAUUGCCGGGGAGGUUGGGUUGCGCACGCGCAAGGACAUCAACGGCAAGGCGGGCGGUGGUGGUGGGUCCACGUUGCUGUGCGCCCGGAAGGGGCGCAAGAAGAAGAAGAAGGCAAGCAGCGAGCACGGCUAUCCGCUGUACGCCACGGCCACGGCCGACGAUCCCGAUCCGGAGGAGAUUCUCACCUACGAGGAGGUGGCCCUGUACUACCCACGGGCGUCCCACAAGCGGCCGAUCGUACUGAUUGGCCCGCCCAACAUUGGACGCCACGAGCUGCGCCAGCGCUUGAUGGCUGACUCGGAGCGUUUCGCGGCCGCCAUUCCUCACACCUCCCGGGCACAGCGGGAAGGCGAAGUUCCCGGACAGGACUAUCACUUCAUCUCGCGGCAACAGUUUGAGUCGGACAUUUUGGCGCGCAAGUUUGUCGAGCACGGCGAAUACGAAAAGGCAUAUUACGGCACAUCACUGGAGGCAAUUAGGGCCGUGGUCGCUAGUGGCAAGAUAUGCGUGCUCAACCUGCACCCGCAGAGCUUAAAGUUGCUUCGCUCGUCCGAUCUGAAGCCGUACACCGUGCUGGUGGCGCCACCGAGUUUGGAAAAGCUACGCCAGAAGCGGAUACGGACCGGCGAACCGUACAAGGAAGAGGAGCUUAAAGAGAUCAUCGCGACGGCACGUGACAUGGAGGCGCGAUGGGGCCACCUGUUCGAUAUGAUUAUCAUCAACAAUGAUACGGAGCGGGCCUAUCACCAGCUGCUGGCGGAGAUUAACUCUCUCGAGCGCGAACCCCAGUGGGUGCCGAGUAGCUGGCUUCACAACUAGAUCGUGUGACUGUUGCGGUUUUGUGGAACCGCUUGUGGCUCAUAAUACAUUCGGCGUGUCCGGCACACACAGUAUUAAUCGCCGGGAGAGGAUCAACAACAGGGGGGACAGUCACAAGACUUGCUACGGCGGGAAUCGCGUCCCAUGAAUCGUACGGCGCCCGCAGACGGACGUAGAGAACCCUUUAGGAACUUAUAUCUAUACGUAUAUCCGUAUCCCCACAUGAAGCAUACAUAGAUGCUUAUUACUUUACUCUAAUUGUUGUUAUGUUAUGUUCGUUUCUGUGCUCGACAAUUGCACAAACAGGCCUCGGGGCAACAAUAUAAACACUUCCACUAUAGGUUUUGCGCCUUAGAAACGAUCCGAAUUGUAUAAGUUUGCAACGGCAGCGCCCCUCUUUCCCUGGGUUCGUGUGGUGUGGUGUUUUGUUAAUAUCGCGAAACCGAUCGGUGAUCGGAGCGCGGCAGUACUGCUUAAAAUUUCCCCCCUUAAAAACCCUGUGUACGUUUUGUUUUAGCAUAAUAAAUGUUUUAUUUAUCGAAAGUUUUAUUGGGGGAAAAAAAAGAAUGAUAACGAAAGUGUAGGGAGUGUAAGCUUACCAAGGGUGGACCACGUGGUCCGGGUAGGGUGGGUAGGUUACGCGGCACAGAGCGAUCGCACGGCCGAGGGUCGGACGAAUUGCGGAUACCCGGAGUACACAAUAACAAAGCAAUUUCUAAAUGUCGUAUUAAUACUAUCAACGCCGUAGUGCGGGCGUAAGUUUUUCCUUUCCGUUUCCGUCGAAAUGACUCUAGCACCGUGAUAUCACGGCAAAACGCAGCAUACAUCAUACAAAACAUCCAAAAUAUAGUUACGCGAAUAGACGAGGACGAGUACGUAGUAACAACAGCCUAUAUAUUGAUGAUAUAAAGAAUAAAAAAUGGACGAAAAGGUAAAAUAAUCAGCAGCAAACAACCCGCCCGCCCUGAAGUGAAGUGUGUGUGUGUACUAAUGAAGCAUAGGUAUUGGAUAGAAAUUCACAAAUUUACACUAAACAAAUCAAAAUAAUUGUAAAACAAUAACCGCGUAAUGGGCAGUGAUGGGGCGGCUACGAACGGGAAAAUUCAAUCUUUAUCGGUAAGGGUUCUAGAGAGAGAAAGAGAGACACACAGAGAGAGGGAGAGAGAGCCAAAUAAAUGGAACCGAAGUUGAAAUUGGAAUGGAACCAUCGGAACGGCACCAACUAGAAUUUGGAGCUCAAACUAGCGCUUGUCAGAAGACAAAAGAAGAAAGCUCAAAUCUCUAACCAUAUGAAACAUACUCUCGUGUUCAAAAUUCUGCGCCUGGAUUCGGUUCCGUCGUGGAAAGGCGAACGAUUGGACGAUUUCAAAAUUAAAUACGGAUCCGUUUUGUAGGGUUUAAGCCUAUUUUUCUACCAACGAAUUGGGACUCUCGACUCCAGUGUAUUCAUGUGUUCAUGUGACGAAACGAAACCUAUCUAUC